AUGGGAAAACGGAAGCAGGUGAAGGAUGUUGAGAUGAAGGACGGCGCGGCGGAGGACAGCAGCGACGAGGAUCUUGAUAUCAUCAAUGUUGACUUUGAAUGGUUCGAUCCCCAGCCUGCGGUGGACUUCCACGGCCUGAAGGUGCUGUUGCGCCAGCUCUUCGACUCGGACUCACAGCUGUUUGACCUGUCUGCGCUGUCUGAUCUGAUUCUAUCACAGCCAUUGCUGGGUUCUACAGUGAAGGUAGAUGGGAAUGAGACGGAUCCAUACGCUUUUCUUACCGUUCUCAAUCUACAUCAACACAAGGAUGUACCUGUAAUCAAGACAUUAACAGACUAUAUCCGAACCAAGUCGUCGAGCCCUGAUUGCUCGACACUGAACCAGCUGCUCUCCCAGCCGGAAAUCCCCCAGAUUGGGCUGAUAUUGACUGAACGUCUGAUAAACGUACCGGCCCAAGUGGUUCCUCCGAUGUACACCAUGUUGUUGGAGGAGAUAGCAUGGGCCCUUGAGGAGAAGGAGCCGUACAACUUCACGCAUUAUCUGAUAAUAUCAAAAACGUACCAAGAAGUCGAGUCGAAGCUGGACCAGGAAGACGACCGGCCACAGAAGAAGAAGAAAAAGGCCGGCAACGAAGGCUCCGAGACGUUCUACUUCCAUCCCGAAGACGAGGUACUGCACAAGCACGCCCUAUGCUAUACGGGAUAUAACUAUACCCAUGAGACGGAGGGACAGUCGGACUCGAAGAGAGCGUUCCAGGAGCUAGGAAUCCAUCCGCAGGGCCAUAUGAUCUUGAUAGAAGCGUCCAAGUUUGAGGCUGCCGUGGCCAACCUGAAGGAAUUCCUGAACCCAUCUUCGUGA